CCUGUAAAGGCCACCAGGCCGAGUUUCCUUCCAUUGGCAGUGGCGCCAGUCUUUCCCUUUCCGUUUCCAAACUCGAACCAGCCAGGCGGCGUGUGCGUCUGUCGGUCUCCCUCCAUUGCCGGCCAUUGCGCACUCACAACUCCCUGCUACUACUUCGUCCUUUUGACCAACAUUACCACUCUGUUCGUCACCUCAACCUCGCCGGCUCGACCGCGCUGUGCCUUCUGCCUGAGAAAGUUCCAUUGGCGCACUACAUCGACUGCGGCAUCACUUGCCCAGAAAUCCCCGAGCCGCAUCCCUUCACCUCUCUCCAAACCGCCCCUCCUUCGAACCACAUUCCCACCUUUCAACUUGUCGGUGUGCUUCAAACAACAUCGUCCAUCUGUCUCACCGUCUCGAACCUCGAGCGCACGUUCCGUCUCUCUGCGGCCGCCCUGCCAUUCACUUGCGCCGCCGAAUAGUUUAGAGUCGAUCCAUCCAAGAGGCGGUGUUAAGCGAUUCGAGCCAAACACCUCUGUCAUACACCCUCUUCACAAACCGAACCUGAUUACAAUUACCUUCACUCAAUUCAGUACUAUACAUAACGCCACACUUUACAACUCCAUAAGAUUCUCAAUUACCUUUGCGGUUAUAGGCCGGAAUACGCCCGGACGAGGUUGACAUUCUGCUUACAGCGCAUACUGCAGUCAGCCUUAUCCUCUAUACGACUGAGAUUCACGUCAUACACCAUCGAUCCCUGAUACCAAACGGUCUUGGUCAUAUCCGUUUGGACUAUUUUCCACACCUUCGGGACGGGUCUUUCCUUCGAUACCCGGCGACUCAGCUAUCUCGACAAGCGCCAUCCCUCCCUGAUAACAGCUUUGCGAUGGCUAAGGCUGUGUGAUAUCCGGAUUUGGCAAGAGAGUCUACGAUCACGACACCAGCUUAUAUCACCAACAACAUUAAAGAACCCCAAGCGCAGCUCGCACCUUUUCUCUAGACCAUGACUCACUCUUCUGGCGGGAUGCCGUACAUUAAGACCGAGCCCGAUGACUUCGGGAACAAUCCCAAUCACUUCAUGUCUGCCUCAAACUAUGGCACAUCACAGCACUUCGGCAAUCAAUUUAACAACAACCAAGACAACGGGAACAUCAAUCCUUCCGACCUGUCCAACUUCGGUGGAAUGCAAUACAACUUUGGCGGCAACAUGUCCUCGAGCUUUAACAUGGGCAACUCUGGUUAUGAUGACAGUGAAUUGCUGGACAGUCUCGACUUUUCCAAUAACGGCCAAGGCAUGCUGGAUGAUUUCACUACCCUCAACCAACAGAGCGGCAGCAAUAACAGAAGUUCAGCCGCUAUUCCUAUGAGCCAACAAAACCAGAUGUCCAACAUCUACUCAAGUACACCAGACGGACCACCCAUCCAGAGCCCUUUCUUGGGCACCUUUGACUACAAUCAGUUCCGGCCUAUGGGUUCAUUGCCGCAACACAUGUCACCUCUACAGAGUGGACAAUUCGGCAAACGCCCAAGCCUACACUCAGCGAACCGAAAAUCAUCAUCCGACCAGAGAUCUCCUCUGACCCCACGAACAUCGGCUAUGGCAGCACUUCACAUAGGCACUCCAGAAUCGGGCAACAUAGCCAACGGACGACCAAUCAGAGCACCCAAUUUACAGAAUCGACACGCUAAGACCCUGUCCGGUCAGUAUGAUAGUACUCCGGGAAGUCUUCAGUCCUACCUUGACUCUCCCUUGUCCUCGCCUGGUGCAGGUAUGCACCAUGCUGGCAUCUCGGAAACCAUUGGCUCUGGUCAACAUGCGUCUCUGCCUGCCAAGGUUGAGAAUGGAGUAACGAGUGCAGAGACCAUUGAAGCCAAGAAGCGCCGGCGGCGAGCAUCUCACAACGCCGUCGAACGGAGGCGUCGAGACAACAUCAACGAGCGUAUACAAGAUCUGUCACACCUGGUCCCACAGCAUCGCCUGGACGAUGACAAGGUCAAAAAGCAACUCCAGAGCAAUGGUCCACUGUCGCCAUCAGUCGGUGCCACCAGCAUGAGUCCGCCGAAUGCUAACAACACGGCCACCUCUUUACUAGCGGGAGCAGCUGGUCGUCGUGCUGCGAGCACAGCGGGAAACAUCACCAUUGGUCUGCCGAUUGAAGAAAAGGAGAAAGGCCCGAACAAGGGCGACAUCCUCAAUGGUUCAGUGAGCUGGACGCGAGAUCUUAUGUGGGCGCUCCAUUUGAAAUAUCAACAAGAAGAUGAAUUGGCUCAAUACAUCACCUCACUGGGAGGGCAAUGGCCGUUCCAGGUCACGGAGGAUGAAAAGCGCAUGCGGUCCGAAGUCUUGGAUGCGAUGGAGAAGAACGACUCGAGUACCUUUGCAUACUCGAGGGGAGAUGGAAGUGGGCUACGUGUCCCACGACACACCAAUAUGACUGGAGAUAAGAUCCAGGCCAAUUCCAGUUUGAGCCCGCAGAGCAAUUUUGAGCUCAGUCCAGGCUUUCACAGUGGGGGUAGUGGCACUGGCAGUGGCAGCAAUCCCGGGCAAACACAAUACUGGCACAGCGCCGGACAUGGAGGCAUCAGCUUUAAGGAAGAAGAUGAAUUCAUGGAUAUGAAUUGAUGAGGGAAGUGAGCCAUUCCCACAAACACGAGAUGAGCUGGGGUAGAGGCGAGACACGAAUAUAACGCAGGCACAGUUAAUCGUUGCAUUGCAACUCGGCGGUGGAGGCUGAGAAGUAUAUGAGGGUGGGACACUUUUUGAGUCGAUGUCGUUCUUUUUGUUGUGUUUCAUCGGCGCUGGAGGUGAAUUUCUGUUGAUGGAUACUCUGGUUCGGUUUUUGAUACCCCUUCGUUUCGACCAUCUCCUCUAUUCCCUUCUUCUUCCAUGGUGAUUGCAGUGUGCACCACAGACACAGGGGCUUGUAUUGUAGGUAGAGAGUACCGCAAGUAAUGGCAUCGAGGUGGAAUACAUUUCUUCCACCAUCUAAAGACA